CAGGUUUCUCUGUAAUAUCAGAACAGGAAGUCCAAUUUAGACAAGCAAUGGUAGACAGCACGAAACUCUUAAAACAGUCUGUAAAAAUAUAAUGCAAACCAGGGGUAAGAGGUGUGGAUGAGUAGUAGUAAUCUGAAUGUGCCACAGGAAAAGAAGAAGAAGAAGAAGUUGUUAGCCUGUCAAAAUACUUUGCUUUCUUGUGUGCUAAGUUCAAAUGAUUCAUUGGUGCUUUUACCCUAAAGCUACAGGUGCAGGUUUUUAGCAUCUUUCAUGCAGUCCUUAAAAAAGCCAAAUGUGUGAAAGAAUACAUUGUGCUGGGUUUGUCUUCCUGCUCUCUGGGUAAGGUGUAGCUGACCAGAAGCAGGAGGACAGUGCUGGACCAAAGCUACAGGAGUCUGCCCCUCAGCCAAAACCAGCAACCGGUGGACUGCAGUAAUGGGAUAUUUAACUUGAUGGAUUUGAGAGUAAGCUUGGCUGUACCUGAAGUGAAAGAGUUCAGAGCCGUCACUGAAGCUGUCAGACCACCGGCGGAUAUCUCCCAAUCUAUUUUCCAGCUGUGAGGAUUUCUUCCCGGAGCUGUACGCCAAAAGGCAAAUUCAUUUGCUCUUCUCACUGACACUCUGAGAUUUUGUAUCAUCGGCAUCACUCGGGUCACUCAUCCAUUUUUUUUUUCUUUACAGUCCAGCCAUUUUUUGUUUUUUUGGGCUACACAUGUUUCCCAAUUUGUGAAUUCACCCUGAGAACAGAUCAUACAUUCGACACAUAGAAGCAGCAACAUGCUGAAAUUUGAGCGACCUGACUUCAGUUUUUAAUUUGUGAAAUCCUUUUUAUGUGGUUGAUUCCCUGGUAUGAUGUCAAAAAUGAAGAUGCUGGAAAAGUUCAUUAAGCCUCAUGGCUUUUUUUUUAUUUUUUAUUUUUAAAGAAAAUGUAAAAGCACUUGUGUGGUUGCAGGCUUGCUUGUUAAUUUUUUUAUUUUUAUAGAUUUGAAGACAUUAGAAGUGAAUCCAGUUUGUUACAGUGGGUCCUCAGUCACAACUGGGGCUGGGGUGGUUGAUGCAAAGUUCUCAUGUUAUUUCCUGUGUCUAACAACAACAAAUACAAAUUUGGAGAGAUGCUAUAUUCUGAAGGCUGCCUUUUUUUUCAUAGGAGUUUGUGCAUCCCUCUUUAUUUGUUUUUGAGGUGAGGACAGUGAUGUAGGUACCAUCAAUUCUGAUAAAAUGUCUGUUGUCACAGCUGAUGACACACACAUGACUAACACUAACAUGUGUUUGAGUUUUUUACAUCCUAUUAAGAGACUACACUAAACUCCAUUUAUUAUCUGGCAUCUACUGGACAUACACAUAAAGCAAAAUGCCCUGGUAUGCAUGUACAUCUGUGUGUCAGGUCCUCUUGUGUUUUGCUAGGAGUUACAUUAUAUACUGUGCCUGUUUGAAACUGUCUGACCGCCUAAAAGCACCGAUCUCCCCUCUGAUUGCAUUUACGUUAGCCUAACUGUUGCUCCACCCUCUGAAAGUCGACAAAGAAGGUAUGAGAUAACUCCUGCUGUAGAGUGUGCUUCACUAGUGCACAUCCAGUAAGGUAAAAAUUACGGUAAUGUCAGUAUGUCUUUAAAAUAAAAUAUGAAAAAGUGCCGGGGGAGCCCCAAUUAACGCCCACAUCUGUUUCUAACCUGUAGGUCGAGGGUUGAGGGCUGACCGUUGACUGGAGGGCUCAGAGUCAGACGGCAUACAGGCUGCCUUUACAGUCACUGUGUUAGAGCAGUGCGCUGUCCGCGGUGCUGAAACCUGCUGAUGAACGCGGGGAUUCGCUUUCAGCACCAGUGCAAACGGGGAAAUGGCGCAGACAGUAGCAGGGUGAGAACGAGUGCGGCUGGCCUGCUAGAGAGUGGAGGGGAAAUGCGUUUCGGAGUAGUUUUAUUGUGUCUGCGAGGGCUGGAGUGGAAUAAAGAAAAGAGAGAGAAAAAAAAACGAGCCGUUUGCAACACGUGAAAGCAGCACACGUCUCUUACAUGACUUCAGUAAGGUCGCUGAUUCUUAGAUGAUGGUGACAGUGUGGUGAUCUGCUGUUAAACAAAUUUCUCAGGUUUCUUUCUUUGCUUUUUGUUCUUCCUUUUUUGGUUUUGUUUUGUUAAGGGGGGGCAAAAGAGCGGACUAUGCUACUCUCGAGUCGUGGUGUUAUUCCCGCCCGCUCCACAGACCCAUACCACGGCAAAAAGGCGAUGUUUGACUUCAAAUGCCAUAUUUAGGAAAAAUGCUCGGUCGCUUUGAGUGACUGGGGCGAGGACGAAUGGCGUCUUGUGAUCUGGGAAGAGACGCUCGAGCUCAGUGAGGAACGCCUCGGAGCCAAUAGCAUUGGAGGGCUUGUGCACGCAUAAGCGGUGGAUGGAGCUUCUCCGGGUAUACUUCCGCGUCCAAUGCAUGUUCAUGUGUAGGUUGAAUGGAUGAAACGGGGAGUGCGGAGAGGUAUAGGCAUGCUGUGAUACGGCCCUAUAUAUUUGCCGGCAGGACUAUCUUCCUUUUAAAGAGAACCUCCUCCGUGCAUUGGCUUCCACUCAGUGAUGUCGCGUAUUUGUGUGGCGCACCUGUAAAGAGCGAGACAGGCAGAAGCCGGCUUUUUUAAUUAUUUGAUUCCUUUUCUUUCUUCUGUUAUCUUUUUUUCCCUUUUGUUUCAUGCAUUUGCUGAAAGGAACUCAUUUCUGUGUUUUGAUUUAAUAAAUAUUUCAUUUCCCUCAUUUUAUCUUGUUUGUGUUGGCUUUUUAUGUUCCCAAGUUUGAACUAAAGAGAGCGGAAUUCGUCAUUUUACACGCUAUUGGCCAGGUGUUUUCAUUCAGAGAUUGUUUGCCUAAGGACGUCCCUAACUUUCAUUUGUAGAAACGACGGCAACUCCAAACUAACAUGGCAGUCAGACUGUGCGAUGUGGCUUCUCUGCUUAGAAGUGGUUCGUGGGCGCCUGAGCCUUGGACUGGGCAGGUAAUUGCUGCCAUGGAAACACAGCUAUCCAAUGGGCCCACUUGCAACAACACAAGCAACGGUCCUUCAACUAUCACAAACAACUGCUCUUCACCUGUAGAGUCAGGGAGCGUAGAGGACAGUAAAACUAACUUGAUAGUCAACUAUCUGCCUCAGAACAUGACCCAGGAGGAACUGAAGAGUUUGUUUGGGAGCAUCGGAGAAAUUGAGUCCUGUAAACUAGUUCGAGACAAAAUCACAGGGCAGAGCCUAGGCUAUGGAUUUGUGAAUUAUGUGGACCCAAAGGAUGCAGAAAAGGCCAUCAAUACCUUAAAUGGCUUGAGACUUCAGACCAAAACCAUCAAGGUUUCCUAUGCGCGUCCAAGCUCCGCCUCCAUCAGAGAUGCAAAUUUAUACGUCAGUGGCCUGCCAAAAACUAUGACUCAGAAGGAACUGGAGCAGCUCUUCUCUCAGUACGGACGCAUUAUUACCUCACGCAUUCUGGUGGACCAGGUGACUGGUGUUUCCAGAGGAGUUGGCUUCAUUCGUUUUGACCGGCGAGUUGAGGCUGAGGAGGCCAUCAAGGGUCUGAACUGUCAGAAGCCGCCUGGUGCCACCGAACCCAUUACAGUCAAGUUUGCAAACAACCCGAGCCAAAAGACCAGCCAGGCGCUGCUGUCCCAGCUCUAUCAGUCACCCAAUCGAAGGUACCCAGGACCCCUCGCACAGCAGGCACAACGCUUCAGGUUGGACAAUCUGCUGAACAUGGCCUACGGAGUCAAAAGCAGGUUCUCCCCGAUGGCCAUUGACGGGGUGACCAGCUUGGCUGGCAUCAACAUCCCGGGGCACGCGGGCACUGGCUGGUGCAUCUUCGUCUACAACCUGGCUCCGGACGCAGAUGAAAGCAUCCUUUGGCAGAUGUUCGGGCCGUUUGGUGCUGUCACAAACGUCAAGGUUAUCCGCGACUUUAACACAAACAAGUGCAAAGGAUUUGGUUUUGUCACCAUGACUAAUUACGACGAGGCAGCUGUGGCCAUCGCCAGCUUGAAUGGAUACCGCCUUGGGGACAGAGUUCUGCAAGUGUCAUUCAAAACCAACAAAACACACAAAGCCUGAAACUCAGAUUGUUUCUAGAAAACUCACCAGAAAAUGGAAACAGAAAAUGGAAGCGUAUUGACCGUAACUUUCUACAUUAGUAACAAGAGCUUUGUAAAUCAGUGUUGCGAAGAAAAACGAUAUUUAGCGUCCAA